UUCUUAUUCUUCUUCUUCCUCUUCUUCUACGUCUUGGUCUUCGUCUUCUUCCUUUCAUUCGAAAACUCCCCCAAGGCUUCUUUCUUCUUCUUUUCCCUUUUUCUACUCUCGCCAUUUCACUUGCCAUUCCGUUGCAUUCGCCUCUUCUUUCACCCUCCCCCUGACCUGUUUACCCCGCUUGUCUCAUAAUACCUUAUUUCACUUUUGCUCACUUCUCCAUACCACACACUCCGAAGGCAUAAGCUAAUUGAACCGUGUCCGCCGCCUGUCCAUACUAUCCAUAUCAUCCGCAUCGUCCAUGGGGAACCAGCUCAGCAAACGUCCGACUGCAAAGGGAGGCAGUAGGGCAUUUUCCGAUGACAGCUCUGCUGAAUACGCGACUGCUAACCACAUCGGUCGUCCUGCGCCCAGUGGUGACAACCCGACCAGUAUCGGCAACAGCGUCAAUGGCACAUUACACCAGAAAGAGACUCCCGCUGUGAACCAGGGCCUGCACACAAUGGACGUAGGCAGUAACGAGGACGCUGGUGAUCCUAUCCCGGCCCAUGACACAGGUAGCCGUGGCCUGCCUACCUCUUCCCUCCCUCCUAGGCCUUCUCAAGAGGUGUCCCAGAGCCCCAUUGCCGGCAGCAACGACGCAAGCCCAGCCUCUCUCCUAAGGACUCUUUCUAGGGACGUCAGUCCUAUGCACGUUGACGCCUCUGUGGCCUCGGGCACCAUCCUUCCGAGCCAGGGCCUGGAGUCAUCUGAGAAACGACUAAAGUCGUCCGUGAUUGGCUGCGACGUGAUCCAGCCCCCGCCUCUGGCACAUACGCAGGACAGUUCGCAGCACCAUCACCAUCACCACAAUGUGAGCCAGUACCAACAGCAGACCCCGCACACAGCAAGCCAGGCAGGUGUGGGUCCAAGCUCAGGGUCCAGUGGUCCACUGUCAGUUGGCCAAAAUGGACUAGCGUCUUCUGGCGAUUUGGUCUCACCUGCAGCACCUGCAGCAUCAGCAACAGUUGCUUCGAUAAGAUCCAAAGGGGAAACAGCGGCCGCAAAGACAAUGCAACAGCACUACGACCACAUUAAAAACAGCAUUCUCGGCAAUAGCAAUGACAGUCUUAACAGCAACAACGACGAUGGUCAUGGUACAUCUCUUAAUAGCCAUGACGACCAUCAGCAAGCGCACCAGCAAUGUCAUAGCAGCAAUGAUAGCAAAGACACACUAACGGAGCCAGUGCCUGAUGGAAACCAGCAACAGCAAGAGUCUUUACCGCCUCCCCCACCGGAACCCAGCAUCCCCUUUGCAGUUUCGGAGCCAGGCGAACCCAUCUUAAUUAAGAAACCUAGUCUCACGCCCCUGACCAUACCUCCCUCGGGCAUGGCCUCGACACGGGCUUCGCCCCCGCUCUCACCAAAGUCUGGCAGCCAUUCCAGGUCUUUAGAGCUCUCCCCGACAUCACGUCUACCAUUUUUGGGAUCGGUAGCGGACAAAAAUAAGGCCAUGGAUUUAGACGACAUCAUCUCGCGAUUGUUGGAUGCAGGGUAUUCGGGCAAAGUAUCCAAGAACAUAUGCCUGCGGAACAACGAGAUUGUAUACAUCUGCCAGACUGCACGGGAGGUGUUUUUGUCACAACCGACUCUCAUCGAACUGAAUGCGCCGGUCAAGAUUGUGGGGGACAUUCAUGGGCAGUACACGGAUCUAUUACGGAUGUUUGAGAUGUGUGGAUUCCCACCGUCGGCCAACUUUUUGUUCCUGGGGGAUUAUGUGGAUCGUGGCAAGCAGAGCCUGGAGACAAUUCUUUUGCUGUUUUGUUACAAAAUCAAGUAUCCAGAGAACUUUUUCCUGUUGCGCGGCAACCACGAGUGCGCAAAUGUUACCAAAGUCUACGGAUUCUAUGACGAGUGCAAGCGUAGGGCGAGCGUGAAAAUGUGGAAGGCAUUCGUGGACGUUUUCAACUGUUUGCCUCUUGCCGGCAUUGUUGCCAACAAGAUUUUUUGUGUACACGGAGGGCUCUCGCCGUCUUUGGGCACAAUGGACGACAUUCGCAUCUUGCAGCGACCUACUGACGUACCGGAUUAUGGUCUACUAAACGACCUGCUUUGGUCUGACCCUUCAGAGACAGCUCUGGACUGGGAGGAUAACGAGCGCGGUGUGUCUUAUUGCUUUGGGCGGAGCAUUAUCCAGAAGUUUUUGAACAAGCACGAUUUCGAUCUCGUUUGCCGGGCACACAUGGUAGUCGAGGAUGGGUACGAGUUCUUCAACGAGCGGACGCUGGUCACGGUGUUUUCGGCACCAAAUUACUGUGGGGAAUUUGAUAACUUUGGCGCGGUGAUGAGCGUGAGCGAGGAGCUACUUUGUAGCUUUGAGCUGCUGAAGCCAAUCGAUCAGGCCACUGCCCUGGCACAGAUGCAAAGUCUGGCUGCCACCAACGGCGGCUGGAGAGUCAACAAACAGCGGUUAAGCAUUCCCGACAGCAACUCACUAUAUGGGACAUCCCAAAACAGCGCUUUGGGCACAUAGGCCUCGUUCCCUUCCCACUCUGUCUUAUGUAAUUCGUUUUCCUAGUGUGUUUUUGUGUAAUUGUAGAUGUGCCUGUAAAGAAGAG